CUGCCUCACCAUCCUUGUCAAGCUCUCCCAUCCUCCUCCUUUCCUCUUUCUCCUACCUCCUGGCCCACACAGGCCCACCUGGACUCCCAGUCAACCUUCUCCCUCCAUGGUGGUUGGGGGGAGGCACAAGGGCCCCCAGAUGUGGGCACCCAACCUAUUCGGCUCGACUCAAAUGAGAGUAAGCUGUCACAGCCGUACUGCCUGGAUGCAUCCACUCUCACAGACCUCUGUGCAGACCUACCGGAACUGGAGAUAGUGAGCCUCUUGUCAGAGGGUCAACCCAACUACACUCUCCGAGCAGACAGUGUGUUUGGCUACGACCAGGAUGACUGGCUACACACUCCUCUGCUGCCACCGGAGGUCGUCCUGGGCCUCACACACCAGCAGAUUGAAGAGACGUUCAAGUACUUCUUGCUGUGCUCAGACCGAGUGGGCCAGGUCACCAAGACAUAUCACGACAUUAAGGCAGUCACACACCUUUUGGAGGAGAAAGAGCGUGAUCUUGAGCUAGCGGCCCGGAUUGGUCAGUCUCUCCUGAAACAAAACCAAGAGCUGACCGCCCGAAAUGGAAUGCUGGAUGAACAGCUUGAAAUUGCCAAGGAGGAGAUUGCUCAACUGCGUCAUGAACUCUCUAUGCGAGAUGAUCUCCUUCAGUUUUACGCAAGCACAGAGGAGAUAGAAAAUGCUGAAUCCCACUCACCAAUAAAAAAGAAUCAGUCAACCAGUUCUCUCAGCGACUUUGUCCAUUAUGACUUCCUGCAGCAGAAACUGAAAUGCUUAGAGGAAGAGAACCACAAACUUCUAUUGGAGGCCAGUGAACUCAGCACGGAGACAAGCAACUAUGAGGAGCAAGAGCAGGAGCUGAUGAUGGUGUGUGUGGAGGAGCUGUCUUCUGUCAACAAGCAAGUCGUGGAUCUAUCAGAUGAGCUGGCGCGUAAAGUAGAGGAUUCUCUUCGGCAGCAAGAGGAGAUCAGCUCGCUGCUUGCUCAGAUUGUCGACUUGCAGGCCCGCUGCAAAUGUAUCACCAAUGACAACGAGGAGCUGAACCAACAUCUGAAUGCCUCGCGCGAGUGUAACCUGAAACUGCAAUCACAGCUCAAAGACCUGCAAGACAAGUACUCAGAGUGCAAGGACAUGCUUCACGAGGCUCGAGAGGAUAAUAAAAACUUGCGAAAUAAAAGCCUGCCCAAUAGCACGGUGCAGCGCUACACUGCUUUGGCGUCUGUCCUCCCCAUGGACAGCCUGGCGGCAGAGAUAGAGGGCACCUUCCGCAAAGGCCUGGACACGCCUGCGUCGUCAGAGUACAAAAGCCACCCGUGGCGUGUGUUUGAAACAGUGCGGGUGGUGAACAGGUCGGUGAGGCUGCGCUCUUUGUGCCAUUCCCCUGGACUUCCAGGUUCAAGCCCGGCGUCGGUGCGCUCCAGCUACACCAGCACUCCUCGCACCAGCUACUACGGCUCUGAUAACACCAGCCUUACUCUGGAGGACAAGUCUAGCGCCGGUCCUGCCCUGAAAGAAGACAUCAGCGUCUGUGGGCCAAAGCGUCUGGGCCAGCCCGGCACACCGGGAGGCCAAGACCUGGAGGCGGCCUUGCGUAGCUUAUCAGCCCGCCAACAGAGCCACUCCUCUGAGCGUCCUUUCUUUGACGUGGACCGCGAGCGGAAACUCCGUGCCUUGGCGGCAAACAGUGAGGACGACGAGGGCUCCAGUGGCUUCUUGACACCAAAUGACAGCUUGGCCUCCAGUUCGGAGGCAUCGACCGGCACCAAUUACUCCAACAGAAGCUCCCGCCACUCCUGUGGCUCCGUGGGAUCCAGGUCGUACCUGCCCGACCGCCUGCAGAUUGUCAAACCUCUGGAAGGUUCAGUGACUCUACACCAGUGGCAACAGCUGGCCAAACCAAACCUCGGUGGCAUCCUGCAUCCUCGUCCCGGAGUUCUGACCAAGGACUUCAGGGAACUGGAAGUGGACAUACAACAUGUGUACAGUCUGAACGACCUGGAGGAGGAUGAACCCGAUCUGUCCAUGCUGUCCGGAACCACCAGCAUGGUGUCUUCACCAUCGGGUGUCAACCUCCCUCAGACCUCUCCCACUCCCACCAUCACCACCUGCCAAGUCCCUCAGCCAUCCCUCCUCACCCCCUCAUGCCCUUUUAGCCAUCACUCUAUCAGCCUGCCAUUUUGUCACAACUGUCAGCUCGUGAGCACGUCGCCGGCGUCCCACCGGCAGCGCUUUGGCCUGGCUGGCUCCCCCGCCGCAAACAUAAGCUGGUCAUCGCUGGGACUCACGCAGCUGCUUCGAGAACGAGGUAUCUCCGCCUCUUCCGCUCCGUCUCGCCGCCGUCACAUACACGACAUCCCCGGCGCCGAGCCAUGGUGCCGCGCUGCCGUUGAGCAAGUCUCAUGCACAGACACGAGCGGGAAAAGGAAGAUUUUCAGCUUGAACUUAGUGGAGAAGCUUCAGAGUCUCGGGCUGCACAGGGUGGCCGCUUGGGGGAUGACGUGCGGUGACGCGCCCAUCACUUGACGCCCGAUAUCGUGUCUUUACCGUACCUUUCAUUCCUUGUAUGCGCUCCUCUUGUUUUCUACCGUCAUUGCGAUAUCUACGCUCUUUCAAGGAGAAUCAUAUCAGGACAUGGACAUGAGAAUCCACUUAGUUGCAACCAUAGCUUCCUUUUAGAAAAAGUUUUAUACUGGUCAUUUUAUACUGGUAACACACAGUCACACUGUUGAACAUGCAAAUGCACCGAAAAAAACACAUUGUUGUAUAUAAGAUUUCAUAUUAUCAGCUAAAUGAAGAAGCAGUGCACUAAAUUAUGUCAUUAAUGUUAUUUCAUGUACUUUGCACUUGUUUUUCACAUAUAUAUGUUUUAAUACUGGGCAUCUAAACCACUGUUGCACCAAGUCAAGAAUGUGAUUGUAGAAAAAAAAAACAAUAGUACCCCUGACAUGGUCGUCUGUACCAAGAAGGCGUAGGAUAUCGUAGAUUUACAAGGGAAUCAGACUGAUUCAUGUUGACGUUGAGCUGCACUGUACGGUUGAGUUGUAAAUAAAAUGUCAACAUUU